AUGGGCGCUUCCAUUGCCCAUGCGGACGAUACGAUCAUGCACGAUACGACUACCACCGAUUCGUCAAGCUUUUAUCAAAAACCCCGCACCCUGACGAUGCAGCGUUGGAUUGUAUGGACCCAGAUGAAGGUAAACUCCCUCGUUAACUCACAGCUUUCCGCUCAAAAAUCACACCUAACAACAGAUCCAUGCGCCGCUCAAGAGCCUGUGCACGUCCCUGACGUCAAUACGGAUUCCACACAGAAUUACCAUGACGAUUCUGCAGAAUCCCCCAACUACGUUGAGGCCCCCCUUCUUCAAGACACGAAGAUUGACGCCGAACCAUUACCCACCACUCACCCCCCCGUCAAUUCAAUACGUGCGGCUGUUGAUACUCGCUCUCAAGCAUUACACCAAGCCACGUCCUUCUCUCUAACCCGUACGUUCAAUGGCACGUCCUUGACGACUGUCGGCCACACUACAACAAUCCCCGGCGCACAAAUCCACUGCGCUGAUUAUCAAGAGCUCGACUCUGCCGGCGAGAGCGAUAUCGGACCAGUCGAUUCCGGAGAUGACGAUGACCCUAACGAUCCACAUGACGCUGAUCCCUCGAUGGAUAUCGACAAAGAUAGUGGCCCUGCCGAACUCGGAGCAUUUGCUCACACAUGGGGCAUCCAUGUCGAACCCAAAUUCAAACUCACCGUCUGCCUCGAUUGUGGCAUUAGCAUUCCAUGGGAGCAUGUGUAUGGUCACCGGCGCUCACACCAUAAGCCCGCCGGCACUUCCAAUAAAUCGCUCCCAUCCAAGACGAGCGUCUUGAACACCCUUCGCAGGCUAGGUGCCCACCUCCCCAAGCGUUUACCAACUAGUCCAGUCCCGCCGCUAGAUGGUAUGCGCAUCAUACCCGACUUAGUUAAGUGCACCAUCGAACGUUGCACGUCCACUACACUGUUCACGUCGAUGAAAUCAUUUCAUAAACACUGCGUUAUAGCUCACGGAAAACCUCCACUGGCGCUUCGUUUCCAUGCCAUCACUAACGGUCACCAGAUUGGUGUCAGUAAGCACCUGAUGUCGUACAUCGAGGUAGCAAACUGCCACUCCAUCACGGACACGGAUGCCCUCGGGGCCAUUCUCGCCCACGUUGAAAAAUGUGGGCUGUACACUAGGGACACCACAUACAAGCCUGCGGUCAACAAGCGUCCCAGGGGGCCCCUUUUAGCCCAGACCAACUGGGAGCAGUGUAUCAAGAACGUCGACCUCAAGUGCCUCCGCGAAACGGCUUUGAAGCCUGAAAACCAACCUGAGUUCGACUACCUCAUCCAGGAAACGCAAAGCUACUACAGGUUCAUCGCAGCCAACCUCGGACGACUAUCAACGCUUACUCUUCGGGCCCUUGUGUCCACCAGCCCGUCUGGUGACACGGAGAAAGCACCAUUUCGCCGUCCACAGGAAGACCCCACGCUCGAACGAUACGCCAAUUUCAUGUCCAGAUUCAUCAUCUUCCUCAUUCGUCAUCUUUGCCAACCCAUCGAUAACUUCGACGUGCCUCUGCAUCCGCAGCACUGUCAUUAUCUGAAGGAACUAUACGCCCUCCUCAAAUCGUCCUCGAAGCAUAACUCUGUCGAUUAUAUAGCACUUUUCUAUAUGGGUCAUGGUUAA